AUGGUAACAGCAGUCAACGGAAUCUUCCAUGCCUCUGAUAACAGGGAAGACGUGAUCAAGGUUUCCUUCAUCUUUCCAAAUGGAGACAGAUAUGAAGGGGAGGCCUUCAAGUCAGCCUCUGGAGUAAUGGUGAGAACUGGUGUUGGUAAACAGACCACAGCAAAUUGGAUCAUAUACACCGGAGAGUGGCUAGAGGACAAGAUGCACGGCAAAGGCACCCUGCAGUAUCCCUCUGGAGUCAUGUACGAAGGAGAAUUAAAAGCCAACAUGUUCCACGGCAUGGGGACAUAUACUUUCCAAGAUGGCUCCAAUUACAAAGGUCAAUUUCUCGAGAACAGGAUGGAGGGAGAAGGAGCUUUCACUAACACACAAGGCGUGGUUUGGACGGGAGAGUUUCACGGCAAAGCAGCGCUGGGCCUGAUGAUGCAGCACAACGUUUAG